AUGGCAUUACUCUCCUCUAACGAGGUAGUACUGCCAUUGUCACUUCUGCUGAUGCUUGUGUUGUAUGUGGGUUGUAGUAGCUCCACUGUAUGCAGUAAUACUUGCAAUCCCGGAGAGUAUCUGGUACUGGUGAAUGGGAAUGGUACUGGACAAUGUGUAGAAUGCCCAUCCGGAUUCUACUGUGAAGGCUCCCAAUCAGCACCUCAAUCCUGCCUCCCUGGAACAGCCAAUAAAAUCACAGGACAGAUCAACAGCUCCGCUUGUCAACCAUGCCAGCCUGGCACAUAUGCUAGACAAACAGGUUCAAUUAGUUGUCUCUCUUGUCCGAGUGGGACAGCUUGCCCCAACAUCAGUACCUCCGCACCCACACCCUGCAUCAGUGGGUUGUACGCUGUCGUCAGUGGAGACACAGGGGCAAUAAACUGUAUGGAAUGUCCGGUUGGAGCUAAAUGUCCUUUUUCAUUCUCUGUUCCAAUACCUUGUCCGUCGGGAUUCUAUUCGAAUGAAACUGAAUCAACAAAUUGUACAGAAUGUCCUGGUGGUCACAGAUGUCCUGAUCCAUCCUUUUCUCCUGACCCCUGUAACCCCGGCUCUUUCGCUGCAGCUGGCUCUGUAAGUUGUACUCAAUGUCCUGUGGGUACCUCUUGCCCUCAGGCAGCCACUACUAUCCCUCAAGACUGCUCAGAGGGUCAGUACGCCAUCAACGGAUCUUGUAAUUGCUCUCUGUGCCCAGUUGGCCAUUUCUGCACUGAUCCUUCUCUCGUACCUACACUUUGCCCUUCUGGUACUUACAACAAUGUGACUGGACAAUUGAAUUGCACAUUGUGUGAAAUAGGACGCCAGUGCUUGAAUGGAAUACAAUCGUUACCUUGUCCGGUUGGUACAUUCAGCCUGGAGCUACAAGUAGACUGCACUCCUUGUAAUACUGGGACUUAUAGUACUGAGGGUGCUGGUGAGUGUAUCGUGUGUCCACCGGGUCAUUACUGCAGCAGUCCUGCAUCUGUACCACUGCCUUGUCAAGCUGGAUACAUUGCAGUGGGAGGACAGGACAAUUGCACACUGUGUGAUAGUGGAACAAUUCCUGACUCCACUCACAGCAUCUGUACUGCCUGUCCAGCGGGUCACUAUUGUCCUGACCCCCGACAACCACCACUACCCUGCUCCAACGGCACCUACACCCUACCAGGCCAAAAUACACAAUGUAUCGUUUGCCCUCAGGGCUAUGCGUGCCACGUUCAAGAUGCUCUGCCACUAUUGUGCUCUGUUGGGAGUUACUCACCGUUAGGGAGUGUAGAGUGUCUGCUCUGCCCAGCUGGUGCUGCAUGUUCCAAUGGAAGUCUUCCAAUGCCCUGUGUGUCCGGAGAGUACAGCUUGCAAGGAGAUCCACUUUGCACUACUUGUCCUUCCGGAUCCUAUUGUCUGACGACCUACGAUCUGCCCUCUCCCUGUCCUAGUGGCACCUACUCCAAUGAGUCUAGCAUUACGUGUAUUCUUUGCCCGCCUGGAAAUCAUUGCCCCACCACCACCAACCCCCCACUCUCCUGUCCAGCAGGUACCUAUUCUGUUGAGAAUGCCACUUUUUGUUCUCUGUGUGAGGCUGGUUUUUCCUGCCUUGGUCCUGCCCUGGAGCCUCUACCCUGUGACCAUGGCUACUACAGUGCUGCUGGUGACGAGGUGUGUACAUUAUGUCCUGCUGGAUUUGAAUGUCCGCUCACGAGUCGGUUUCCCAGCCCUUGUCCACCUGGCUAUGUAAGUGAUGGAGGGUCUACAAACUGUACUGUUUGUCCCUCGGGUCACUCCUGUCCAGACACCACUACCUCUGUCACUAUGACCCCUUGUACUCCCGGCACCUACUCCCCUGGAGGUCAGGUGACCUGCACUAGCUGUCCUCCUGGAAUGUACUGUCCUGAUGCAUGCUCAGCCAUUGAGUUUCCUUGCGAGCCUGGCAGCUUCUCCCUCGGUAACCAGACGUCUUGCACGCCCUGCCCACCUGGAAUGGCCUGCUCAGCUAGCGAUGGUUCCUCAAACCUCGUCUGUUCGUCAGGCACCUACAGUAGGGUUAGGAGUGAAAUCUGCGUGUCUUGUCCCCCUGGCUUUGCUUGUCCUCUCUCUGAUCAGGCUUUGGAAUUGCCAUGUGUGCCUGGAUCAUUCUCUACUGGGGUGCAGACUGAGUGUACAAUGUGUCCGGCUGGAAUGGAGUGUCCUUUUGUUGAUCGAGCCACAAUGAUAGACUGUUCCCCAGGCACAUACUCUCUUGGCAAUCAGAGCUCCUGCACACAGUGUCCUCCCGGCUAUGAGUGCCCAUCCACCACUAUGGAUACCAGAACCCAAUGUCCUACUGGCUACUACUCUCCUGGUAGUUCUGCCUCUUGUUUCAUGUGUUCCCGAGGCUUUGCUUGCCCCGUUCCUGAAGCCACACCCACUCCAUGCUCUCCAGGGACGUACAGUUUAGACGGGUCUAUUAACUGCACGCUCUGUGAUGCUGGAUACACGUGUCAGGAUCCUACCAUUUUACCGCUGGCUUGUUCUCUGGGUACCUGGAGUCAACCUGCCAGCCUUAUCUGUUUGCCCUGCAACCAUGGUUACCAAUGCCUCGAAACAUCAACUACCCCCACUCCACUUGAUCAAAUUUGUCCAAUCGGUGCGUGGUGUGACGGUCAAGACUUAUUCCUCUGUCCCGUCGGUUUCUAUGGUAAUGUUACCGGAGCCGGAAGCCAAGAAGAAGGUUGUACACUAUGUCCUCCGGGAUAUUACUGUCCGAAUCCGGGUUCCAUUUCGUUCGAUUCCAAUACAUGCCCCGAGGGCUAUUAUUGCCCUGCUGGUACGACAUUUGCACAAGAAUUCCCAUGCCCCGCGGGCACCUUCAACAAUCGGACGAUGCAGACAAGCGUAGAGACUGGAUGCACUGCAAUAUGCCCGGCCAGCAUGUACUGUCCUCAGGGUAGUAGCAGAGGUCUUGAAUGUCCGGCAGGAUUCUACUGCGCUGAAGGCACACCCACCCCUUAUCACACUCCCUGUCCCCUCGGCACUUAUGGACCAGGGUCAAGUUUCCACGAAGCCAGCCAGUGUAUAGAAUGCCCUGUCGGCCAUUAUUGUCCAUCGGGAAAUAGCUCUCAUUCGACUGUGUCUCCAUUGCCAUGCCGACCAGGUACGUACAAUCCUCUGAACGGAACUGGCCACGAAUUUAACUGUAUUUUAUGCACUGCUGGAAUGUCGUGUCCAACCAUCGCUCUCACAGAACCUUCACACACUUGUAAUGAGGGUCACUAUUGUCCAAAUGGAACUAUUUAUCCGAAUCAGUACCCAUGUCCUCCAGGAACUGUCACUUUCAGAAUUGACCUGCAAAGUCCUGAACAAUGUGAUAUUUGCCCGGCAGGCCAGGCUUGUGGUUUUGCGACUGGAUUCAACUUCUCCGAGCCUUUACCAUGUGCACCGGGCCAUUAUUGUCCUAUGGGCACGCCCGCCCCUAACAAGUACCCUUGUCCCUCAGGAACUUUCACAGAAUCUUCCGAUCUCACUUCAGCAAUCGAGUGCUCGAUUUGUCCAGCUGGUCACUAUUGUAUAGGGGGAGGAGGUGGCCCCACGGACGUAUGUCCAAGGGGUCACUAUUGCCCGGAGGAUACUUCACUACCGCACCAAUUCCCAUGUUCGAAAACAACUUAUAACCCCCUAUUUGGUCAAAACUCGACGUCUAGUUGCCUAAACUGUACUAUAGGACAUUUCUGCGAACGUGGAUUUGCAACCCCUGAGGCCUGCCCUGCUGGCACAUAUAAUCCCCAUGGCUAUGACGCCGUGUCAGACUCAACCAUUGGCGAUCCUAUCGGAAACAAGAGUGACUGUUUGGUGUGCCCAGGAGGUCAAUUUUGUGUGGAGGGUAGUAUUUUUCCAGUUGAUUGCGGUCUUGGUUUGUUUUCACCACCAAGAUCGGUAUUUUGUUUCGAUUGUUUGGUGGGCCAUUAUUGCGAUGAGAAUACAACGUCUGAAGAAAAUAUGAGAGUGAAUAAACAGUGUCCACCUGGAAACUAUUGCGUUGCCGGUCUGAGUGACGUUGCAGAGAGUGUACUGUGUGCUACUGGAUUCUACUGCCCACAAGGUGAGCUGAUGGAUCACAAUCGCAAUGGUUAA